CUGGGACGGCUUUGUUUCCAGGUGCGCUGGGGGGAGAGGGGCUCCACCGAGGAAGGAGCUAAGCUGGAGAAGGCCAAGAACGCGAGGGUGAAGUUACCGGAACAGGAGUUCGACCUCUCUCCGUCCCGCGCCCUCAACAACAGCAUGUACAAACCACCCGGGCCGCGCAAGUGGUACUCGCCAAUCAAGGGGAAGCUGGAUGCGCUGUGGUUGCUGCUGCAGAAAGGAUAUGACCGGGUGUCAGUGAUGAGGCCGUUGCCGGGAGACAAGGGACGAUGUAUCAACGUUACCAGAGUCAACAAGCCGCCUCCCAGAUACCCCAUCUACAACCACAGCACCCCCAUCUACACCACCCCCUUCUACACCCCCCCUCCACCCCACGAGGGAGGGGGAGGAGUGUCCCUCCUCGGAGGGGAGGCCUCCCCUCCAGGGGCUGGAGGUGGGAGGGAGGAUGGGGUGGAGGCCGGGGGAGAGCGAAGGGACGGUGGAGGGGGACGAGGAGGGGGACUCUGA